GACUAUCAAUGGUUAGUUCUUGUCAUCAGCUUCAUAUUUUUUUCUUUCCCUAUAUGGCUCAUGGCCAUAUGAUUCCAAUAGUCGAUUUGGCCAAGCUAUUUGCAUUGCGAGGCCUAAAGACUACCAUUAUCACCACUUGUCUCAAUGCACCUCUCAUCUCGAAAACUAUCCAAAGAACUAAGGAUUUGGGUAUCGACAUAGAUAUUCAAAUCCUUAAAUUCCCUUCUGUGGAGGCUGGAUUACCAGAAGGAUGUGAGAAUUUGGAUUCUAUUACUUCCUAUGAUGAUGGUAGUUUAGAAUUGAUUUUCAAGUUUCUUAAGGCCACAACAUUGCUCCAAGAACCUCUUGAAAAGCUCCUCCAAGAUUGCCAACCUGAUUGCCUUGUUGCAGAUUUGCAGUUUCCUUGGGCUACUGAUGCCGCUGACAAAUUUGGAAUUCCGAGGUUGGUGUUUAAAGGAACUUGUUUCUUUUCUUUAUGCACCUUAGAAUGUAUUAGGCUGUAUGAGCCGCACAAGAAAGUCACAUCGGAUUCAGAACCAUUUGUCCUUACUAAUCUUCCCGGCGAUAUAAAGAUGACAAGAAAACAACUUCCUGAUGAUUUGAUUCAAGACUUUGAAACUGACUAUAGCAAGCUAAUGAAAGAAAUUGCAGAAUCAGAGUUGAGGAGUUUUGGGAUCAUUGUCAAUAGUUUUUACGAAGUCGAGCCUGCUUAUGUUGAUUAUUAUAAGAAGGCCUUGGGCAAAAGGGCAUGGCCUAUUGGCCCAGUUUCGCUAUGCAACGGGGGAAUUGAUGACAAAGCACAAAGAGGAAAGGAAGCAUCUAUUAGUGAAAAUGAGUGUUUGAAAUGGCUUGAUUCUAAGAAACGUAAUUCUGUAAUCUAUAUAUGCUUUGGAAGUAUGGUAAAUUUCAGUGCAUCUCAGCUUAUGGAGAUUGCAAAGGCUCUUGAAGCUUCCGGGCAGGAAUUCAUUUGGGUAGUGAGGAGAGAGAAGAAAAAUAAAAAAGAUGAGGAAGACUGGUUGCCUAAAGGAUUUGAAGAAAGAAUAGAGAGAAAAGGGCUCAUCAUAAGAGGUUGGGCUCCACAAGUGUUGAUUCUUAAUCAUGAAGCUAUAGGAGGAUUUUUGACUCAUUGUGGAUGGAAUUCUGUACUUGAAGCUAUAACUGCAGGAAAGCCAAUGGUGACAUGGCCAGUGUUCGCUGAUCAUUUCUACAACGAGAAGUUGGUGAGUGAAGUUUUACAGAUUGGGGUUAGUGUUGGAGUCAAAGAAUGGGUUGCAGUGCAUGGAGAUUAUGUUACAACCGAAGCUAUAGAGAAGGCAAUCACUGAAUUGAUGGUAGGUAAAGAAGCAAAGGAAAUGAGGAGCAGAGCAAAGAAGCUUGGAGAAAUGGCAACACAAGCUGUUGAAGAAGGUGGAUCCAGUUACUCUAAUUUAAGUGCAUUGGUUGAAGAGGUAAGGUCUCAUAGGCAUCGGCCCUGAAAAGAGGGUGAAAGAGGAGAGAGAGGAAGAGGAAGAAAGAAAUGUCUUGUUUGGUUGGAAUUUUUUUAUCAG